CUCUUGCGUGCCAGAAAAAAAUUAAGAGGGGCCGCAUUUGGCCCACGGGCCGCUAGUUGAAUAGGCCUGGCAUACAUCAUUAACAGGAUUUAGCGUUCAUCUGCAGGCUAGACGUGGAUGUGGCAGAAACUCGUCUUCAGUGUUCAUCUAUCAUGGAGCCAUCGGCUUGGAGGGACGCCUCAACAAGAAAUCUGACCCAUGAUUGGGACUCAGUUAACCAGACCUACUUCUCCUGCUACCACCCCCUGGUGGUGGAAUACCGCUACUUUGCCGUGCUGUGGGGGUGCCUGGUCACGAUCACUGGCACCGUGGGGAACCUGAUGACCGUCCUGGCCUUCGCCACUGACCCGUGCAUCCGGACCCGCUUCAACGUGCUGAUCGUCAACCUGGCGCUGGUCGACCUGCUGUACUGCGCGCUGCUGCGGCCCGUCGUCACCGACUCCUACCUGCACCUGCGGUGGCGAGGCGGCGCGCUGGGCUGCCGGGCCUUCGGCCUGCUCCUCUACGUCACCAACGCCGUGUCCAUCCUCACGCUCUGCCUGAUCGCCGUGAGCCGCUACCUCCUGGUGCAGCGGAGGUCCACCUUCGAGCGGCUCUUCUCCGCCCGCGGCCUGCUGCUCCUGCUGCCCUCCACCUGGGCCCUGGGCCUGGCCAGCUACGGCCCGCUCUGGCCCGUGUACGUCUUCGUGCCUCUGGUCUGCGCCUGCAGCUUCCACGGGACGCCCUACACCACCGUCCUGUUCGUCCUCUACUUCCUCGCAGGGCUGUUCUGCGUGGGCGUCUUCUACCUGCUGAUCUACCGGAGGGUUCGCCUGGCGGCCCGGGCCGUCCUCCGCCACCGUCCCAGCCGCCGCUCCUCCAGGAAGAGGGUCGCUCCGGCGGCCGGCACGGAGGACGACAGUGGCGUCGGCAGCGGAGGUGGGGCCCCCACGUGCACCAGUGAGGUCGACAGCCAGGGGGAACCGCCCGCACACAGGGCCGGAGCCACGUGGUACAAGGAGCCGGGGGAACCACAGCCGACUCGCUCUGCCCUGGACUCGCACACGGCCAGGGCAAGGGCCUCCCCAGAGGAGUCGGCCACAACCCCGUCAGCCACCACCCCUCCGGCUUUGACCCCACCAUCUACGACCACGCCACCAACGUCCCUUCCGUCCACCUCCCCUCCAUCUAAGACCCCUCCGUCCACCUCCCCUCCAUCUAAGACCCCUCCGUCCACCUCCCCUCCAUCUAAGACCCCUCCGUCCACCUCCCCUCCAUCUAAGACCCCUCCGUCCACCUCCCCUCCGUCUACGACCCCUCCAUCCACGACCCCCCCCCAUGCGACCCAGAGCUCCGGGGGCGACGAGUUGAAGCGGGUGACCCGAAUGUGUUUCGCCGUCUUCCUGUGCUUCGUGUUCUGCUUCGUCCCGUUCAUGCUGCUGAACAUGGCCGACCAGAGGGGCCGCGCUCCGCAGAUCCUCCACAUGUUCUGCGCCAACCUGACCUGGCUCAACAGCUGCAUCAACCCGCUGCUCUACGCAGUGAUGAACCCCCAGUUCCGCCGGUCCUACCACCUGCUGCUCACCAGGGCCUUCUCGCCCCUGGGCCGUCUCUGGAGGGCCCUGUGGAACAGGUCGGCCUCCUGCUAG